GUGAUGAAUCAAAAAAGGAAGUUUUGGCCAAACUCUUGUCCACCUACGACAUCCCCAAAAAUCUCCGACGAGUGGAGGAGGCUGAUGAAACUGACGUGCUGGAAGCAGAGAAGGCUCUUGUCCCCACCUCUAUCAGCAUGGACGAACUACGUUACGUGGACGACAAUGAGGAUAAUGCCGAGACUAUAUAUGCUGACAUACCCGACUACUCUCAAGAUGAGUUUGUCAUUGCACUUGACGACGAAAACGACCCCAAGUACGCUUCCUUGACCCGAGAGCUUCGUCACCAUAAGAAGUUAGAAGGAAGCGAUUCACCUGGGAGAGUAAGCCGGAGGACUGCAAAUGUUUAUGCUAAUGCCAUAAACGUUGUGUCUGCCCUCAAAGUCCUUAUCAACUCCAAGUCAACGAGGGCAGCUGCUGUGCUCAGCAAGAUGAGCACGCUGGCGCGCCCUUAUACCCACAAGGUUCAGGGCACCAUUAGCGACACCACGUGGAUUCAAAGAGUUAUUUAUCACAAAACGACCCUCAAGAGCAUCAAGGGACUGACUAAGAGGAAGAGAUGCAAGGGCCACAAUGGGUUCGAUGAACUUAGAAGAUACAUUAAAUCAGGUGGCGAGUUCUGCAAGGAACUGGCAGCCAUCAUGAACGAAAGGGCCGAACUAGAAGCGAACUACGCCAAGGGCUUGCAGAAGCUGUCGGGCAAAUUACUGAAGGCGUCCAAAGAGAACAUGGGCACCAUCAAUCACGCCUGGCAGAUGGUGGGCGUCGAACUGGAGCAAGAGGGAGAUUUGCACAAGUCUAUAGCAGCCUCCAUUUCUGACGACGUCGUGCGUCCGUUGCGUCAACUGAUCGAAACCCAACACAAGAUCCGCAAAGGUGUCGAAAGUAUGGUUGACAAGACCACGAAGAAUCUCCACGAGUGGAGGGCCAUGGAAGGCAAGUCCAAGAAACAGUGUUACCACAACUGCAGAGAAAACGAGAAGAUCCAGGACAUGAUGCUAGAAGCCAGGAUAGGCAGGGGCAAGACGCUCUCCGACAAGGAAACCAUUAAGAUGGAGAAACAAAGAAGAAAAGCUGAAGAAGCCGUUCAGAAGAGUGAUUUGGAGUACUACACAUGCUGUGUCCGCACAGAGCGUGCCAGACUGGAAUGGGAAUCGGCCAUAUACAAAGGUAGCAAUUGCUUCCAGACCUUGGAAGAAGAACGUUUACAAGCGCUAAAGGACCUGAUUGUCAAAUAUCACAAAAAUGCUAAAGAAGCUGCCCCCAAAAUGGUUGCUAUUGCAAAUCGAUUAGAUGAACCAGUGACUGCAUGUGAUGUUGAGAAGGACAUACAGACUGUCAUUUCAGCCAAAGGAACAGGCGAAAAUAUUCCUGAGCAGAUGUUACCUGACUUCUAUGCAGAAGAUAUGAACAACAUAAUGAACAGAGACAGGAGAAGAGAGGCCCUAGAAAAAUUUAUUCAGAUGUUAAAGACAGACCUAGAGCGUGAGAGAAGAGGCAAACAAGGUGUUGAAAAUCUAGCCAAAGCUUUACAGGAAACUCCAACCUUUGGAGGUGAAGAAUCACAGCAAGAUGUGAAUGACAAAUUACAGCAUGAUGCCUACAACAGACUACAACAUAUGAAGGCAAUGCUGGCAUACCUAGAAGCAGCACGUUAUAAGGUGCAGUGUUCACUUGACGAAUUGAACAACAGACCAAAAAUGACUCAUCCUCUGGCAAAACACAUUGAAGUUCAUAGAGAUAAACAGGGUCUCAGCUUUUCAGUCUUAAAGGUUCCUCCCUGUCGAGGCAACAGUGUGGAUGUGUCUCCAGCAAGUGAUUCACCUACAGGGUCACCAAAUUGGAAUGACCGAGGGACCGCUGACGGGAACUCAGUGCAACCAGAUUCAGAUUUUGGAAACAAGGUUCAGGUUCAGAUUUUAGUCGAUAUAAAUGACAAUACGUCCCCUGCUUCAGAUUCUCAAGAACUCCCUUCCCCUCCUGGUAGAUCAAAAAGUUCAACACUAGAAAGAAAAGCAGAAAAUGCUGCCACAGAUGGAAAGGUAGAAUCAGAAAUGGUACCCAAACCAAUAAAAUCCCCUCGCGUGUUUAUGUCUGCUACCCGUUACCCCUCCCUGAUGAUUAUUACAGAUGAAUUCAGCUCCCAAGGAUCAGACAGAGAGUAUCAGAAUGCCGUAACUGGUGAGGAUAAUGUUGAUGCAACCACCAAGGACGACACAUACUACUCUCGACCCUUACAAUCAGCACCUGUAGUUGGACGUUGUAAGGCAUUGUAUGAUUAUGAAGCCAAUAUGUAUGAUGAGCUCACAAUUAAAACAGGCGAUAUAAUUGGCAUCACAGAGAAGCAGCCAGAUGGUUGGUGGGUUGGGGAACUAGAUGGUGUGGUCGGUAUAUUCCCUGCGACGUAUGUGGAAGAGAUCGAUUGAUGCCAGCUUGCCUCGGAGUGCUCACCCCCCACCACAAGUUCAGCUUCAAGUCUUCAUACAUUACAGCUUGUUGAGGAAAGUUUUGCCUAGAUGAAGCUUGAUGAAUAGAGUUGAUUAUGAGAACGGUCAAUACUGUUCUACUGAAAAAGAAAAACAACGUAUAACUCAACUCUUGGUGGGGACAUCUGGAUUUUUUGUUUGGAUGCUCAAAAAUUUCUGUACUGACCCAGACCUGCACUCCGGGGCAUUGCUAAUCUGCAAUAUAUUAAAGUAAUUAAGUUGGGAUGUUUAACUUUAUUUACAUGAACAUUAAAACAGCUUUUGUGCUAGAGGAAGCUUUACUUUUUGCUCAGAAUAGACCAUGAGGUAUGUUAAUGUAUCUAUUGCUUGAAUGAAUAGAUGAAUGCAUAUCUCAACAGUUAGUGUGUAUAGGAAAUACAGUGUAAGAACUUGUGUGCCAUUGUGAAAAGCUUGAAAAUUUAUACAAUGUACUGUAUCUGGUAUUUAGUGAAAGUGUGAAUGUAUUAUGUAUAUAAUUGACUCAGUCUUCCAACUUGCUUGUUUGUUACUUUGCAUAUAUAUUUUUUUCUAUGUCAUGGAUACUUUAUUACUCAUUAGCUCUUAAGUGUUAUGAAUUUAUACUUGUACAUAAGCUUAACAUUCAAAAUAAAAAAGGAAUUUUAUGAUAAAUUUUGUCAGUAACAGGAUUCUCCUGUUUCUUUUCAUUUUUUUUAUUUGGUGUAUUUUUUUUGUUCUUGCCUUGUGUGUCAUGUAUUCCCACCUUUCCUUAUACACUGUAUGUCAGAUCUGAUGUAAAGCAGUCCAAAGAAUUUUUCUACUUCUUCAAGCCAAACAUGUGAUUGUCAGAAAACCUUAAAUUUUCUUCAGUUUACUGUCAUGUGUGUAUAUUAUUACUAUACCUACUUUUAAACUUGAAAAUGUACAUAAUAUUUGAUAAGCUGCUUUUUGGACUUGACCAUUAUAUAUUUAAAAUAUGACAUUCAGCAGAGAAUUACGUACUAGCUGUUGAAUUUAAAUUUUCUUAUAUUUACAAACUAAACUUUUAUCUAAAAGAUGCAAUCAAGCAUAGGUCAGGUGGUUCCUUAUAAGGUUUAGUACUAUACUACUAUGUAAUGAAUGGAAAAUAUACAUAUAACUAUUUAUAUUUAUGUACUAAACGCUGAUUUUAGAAGUCUUGUAACUCUUGAUCCGACUGCUUUGUAAUUACCUUUGUUGCAUCAAAGCUGUAAGAUAAAUUUUCCCAGACUACUUAAAACGGUACAGUAUUUGUGUAAAAUAACACUAUACUUUUAGUCGCAUUUGGGGAUAAAUUUGUACAUAUAUUGGAUGUCUCAACACUAGCCUUAGCACAUAUAACCCAGAAAAAAAGGUAAUUCUGUAAAUAGUAGUCUUUGAAUCUCCAAAGUAAUUUUUUUAAGCUUCAGAUGCAACUUUUUUAUAUUACUGCCAUCAGAGGGGUUACAAUUACUCCUCAGAACUAACCCAUAGUUCUCUGGGACCAACUAACGCGCAUAUUAUAAAAAUGUGUGUGCUGGUGUUGAAAAUAAAUCCAACAAAUUA